AUGAAUUGUCUUUCGAUUAAUAUUCUUGGGGUUGGGGUUCGUGGCAAAACGGGUUGGAUUAAGAAGCUUAAAAAUGAUUAUGGGAUUUCAUUCAUUGGUAUGCAAGAGACGAUGAUUAGUAACAUUCCUUUGGAUUUGGUGUCUAGCUUCUGGGGAGGCGUGGGGUUUGAUUUCGAAUUUGUUAACGCGAAUGGUAACUCGAGUGGUUUACUGAGUUUGUGGGAUCCUAAAGUGUUCGUAAAAGACUUGGUGACAACAGAUUGUAAUUUUCUUCAUGUGGCGGGUAUGGUUUUGGCCGGUUCUAUCAGGGUGAAUAUUAUUAAUGUUUAUGCUCCGCAAACUAAUGAUGGUAAAAGACAAUUGUGGGCGAGAAUUAAUAAUCUGAUUCGAUCGAAUCAAGGUCGGUGGAUAGUGUUUGGCGAUUUUAAUGCGGUGAGAGAUCGGGAUGAAAGAAAAAAUUCGGUAUUUGAUCUGGUUUGCGCUCGUGAUUUUAAUGACUUUAUCGAUGAUGCCGGCUUACGAGAAUAUAAUUUGAAAGGGUUGAGGUAUACAUUUAUGUCCAAUAAAAGAGGAGUUUGUAAGUUGAGUAGAAUAGACAGGUUUUUGGUAUGUGACAAUGUGUUUAACAAGUGGCCUAACGCGUGCGUUCGGGCUAUUAAUAGAGACUUCUCGGAUCAUUCCCCUUUGGUUUUUUCAGUUAAAGACUCGAACUUUGGCCCAAAACCCUUUAGGAUGUUUGACUCAUGGUUGGAUCGGCCUGGUUGUAGUGAUGUUGUUCAUUCGGUUCUUGGAGGAUGGAUUAAUAGUGGGGUUGCGGAUAUUAACUUGCUGAAUAAAUUGAAAAGACUCAGGUGGUGCUUAAGAGAUUGGUUCAAAAGCUAUAGUGCCAAAGAAUUAGAGGACGAGUCUAGAUUGCGGAAAGAAAAAGAAGAGCUUGAGGUGCAAAUGGAGAUUAAAGAGCUGGAUGAUUCGGAUUUAUGGAUUUGGACAGAAUGUAAGAAAGCGAUUGAAGAAAUUGAGCAUCUUAAGGCGCGUGAUCUCAGACAAAAAUCUCGCGUCAAAUGGGCCUCGUUGGGUGACGAAAACUCUAGUUUCUUCCAUAAUGUUGUCAACGGAAGAAAGGCGCGAAACUCUAUCCCGGGCAUUAUGAUUAACGGAGAAUGGGUUACAAAACCGACGCUGGUUAAGAGAGAGGUGUUGAGAUUUUUUAGAAGCCAUUUCAAGGAGCAGUUUCAUGUUCGGCCGACUCUUAUGUGUCCGGAUAUAAAAAAAUUGGUGAUCAGGAUCGCGAUGCUUUGGUUGCUAUGUUUUCAAAACAAGAAGUCAAAGAAGCGGUAUUUGAUUGUGGCUCAAAUAAGGCGCCCAGUCCUGACGGUUUUAAUUUUCGCUUUGUCAAGCGUUUUUAGAACUUUUUUGAGGAGUAUUUCUUUAAAAUCAUGGUGGAGUUUCACGCUUCAGGUUCAAUUAAUUCUGGCUGCGGUUCUUCAUUUAUCACUUUGA